AUGCGGCUUUUCGUCUUGCUCUCGCUUGUCCCACUGAGCUCAGCAUUUCUUUUUGAUCUGCUGGGAGGUCUUGGUGGAGGUAUGAUGGGUGGAGGAGGAGGGGCCUGUUGUGCACCUCCGGCAUAUCCAGCGCCGCCGCCACCGCCGCCGCCACCGCCUCCACCUCCUCCACCGUGCCCAGGACCACCGCCUCCGUCCUACCCACCUCCGUCCUAUCCACCUCCACCACCCCAAUACCCACCCCAGCCUCCACCAAUGCCACCGAUGAAGUCUUAUGCAAUGUCACCAUCAUAUGGAAAUGGUGGAGGAGGUUACAGUGGAGGUGGAGGUUAUGGUGGAGGUGGAGGCGGAGGUGGUUACGCUCAACCUGGGGGAGGAGGAGGAGGUUACGCUAGUGGAGGAGGGUACAGGAGAAGACACGCUCGGGCAGCUGAGCAGGAAAAGGGAACAAGCUCUGAUAUUAAAUGCAACAGCGAUGAAGUGAAGGAAAUCAUCAAGAAGGCGAUGAGCGAAGAUGAAGCCGAAACCCGUACGAAGAUCACAGCUGAACUUGUAAAGAAGAAUGACAAGCUGGCUGUAUUCUGCACCCCACACUCGUUUGACUUCACCAUCUCAAAGAGCGCCGAAUUCUGCGCUGUAAAAGGAGAGAAAUUCACCUGCUAUGCUUUUAUUUUUACCGACUAG